AAAAAUUGUGCAUUAAGUUGGGACUAGUCUGUCAAGCAAUCCAAAGAGUCUUUAUUUGUGUUCCAAGUUCUUGGAAAAUGAUUGACGCUAACUUUCUCCAAUGUGUCAAUAUCAAAUCAAACCCAAUAAGAGACAUAUCAAGGGUAUAGGAGAGGGACCCCAAAGAACCCCAUAUUAUUAAUCAAUCCAAGCUAUUGGAAAGAAAUUAUAUGUUAAAACAUCCCCCCCUUCUCACCCCAUAUUCACCUUCACUUCACUGUCUCGGUCCAACACAGGUUGCAUCUUAUAUUAUUUUCUCUUGAUGAUGUGGCCAUGUGGGUAUCCCCUCUCUUUCCAUACCAUCUCCACCGUCCAAAUUGCCUUACCACCCUCUAUAUAUUCCCUUCCUCUCCUUGUUCUUCUCCCAAACUCUGCCUACUCAAUCUUCCUUCUUCUUCACAACCUUUCCCCUGCUCUCAUCUUCUAAAUUACACCACAAAAUUUCUCUCUUUGUCAAGAAACAUAAAUGGCUUGUUUAGAGGUGUUUAAGGAGGGGAAGUUGAAAGAGCAGCAAGAAGCCGCAUGCACCCAAGAUGGAACUAUUGAUUGGCAUGGUCGCCCUGCAAUCAAAGGAAAAUCUGGACAAUGGACUGCUGGAAUUAUCAUUCUUUUGAAUCAGGGUCUGGCAACCCUUGCGUUCUUCGGGGUCGGGGUGAACUUGGUGCUUUUCCUGACAAGAGUGUUGGGACAAAGUAAUGCUGAUGCUGCUAACAAUGUUAGCAAAUGGACAGGAACUGUCUACAUUUUCUCCCUGGUUGGUGCUUUCCUCAGUGAUUCCUACUGGGGAAGAUAUAAAACCUGUGCCAUCUUUCAAGUUAUCUUUGUUAUUGGUUUGGUGUCGCUAUCGCUGUCAUCGCACCUUUUCUUGAUCAGACCAAGAGGCUGCGGGAAUCAACAAAUGCCAUGCGGGUCACAUUCAGGCUGGCAGAUUACGCUAUUUUACCUCUCCAUCUACCUAGUUGCACUAGGAAAUGGAGGGUAUCAACCUAACAUUGCUACAUUUGGGGCUGAUCAGUUUGAUGAAGAAGACCCUAAGGAAGGGCACUCCAAGGUGGCCUUUUUUAGCUACUUCUACCUAGCUUUGAACCUGGGAUCCCUUUUCUCCAACACCAUUUUGGGGUAUUUUGAAGAUGAAGGGAUGUGGGCACUUGGAUUCUGGGUGUCUGCUGGCUCUGCCUUUGCAGCACUUGUUUUGUUUCUGGCAGGAACCACCAGGUACAGGCACUUCAAACCAAGCGGAAACCCUCUCUCCAGGUUCUCUCAAGUCCUAGUAGCUGCAAUGAAGAAAUGCAGCAUUGAUAUGCCUCCAGACGCAGAUGACUUGUAUGACGUGGAUGGAAAUGAUUCCUCCAUGAAUGGCAACAGAAAGAUUCUCCACACCGAUGAAUUCAAGUUCUUGGACAGAGCAGCAUACAUAAGUACAAGGGAUGUUGAUGACCAGAAGAGGGGAAUUUACAGCCCAUGGCGUCUCUGCCCUGUUACACAAGUGGAAGAAGUUAAAUGCAUACUAAGACUACUCCCAAUUUGGCUGUGCACCAUAAUUUACUCGGUGGUCUUCACACAAAUGGCCUCUCUCUUCGUUGAGCAAGGUGCUGCAAUGAAAACUACCAUCUCAAAUUUCCGGAUUCCUCCAGCAAGCAUGUCCAGCUUCGACAUUCUAAGUGUGGCACUUUUCAUAUUUCUGUACCGACGAGUUCUUGAUCCACUGGUGAGCAGGCUAAGAAGAAAGGAUUCCAUGGGACUUACUGAACUUCAGAGGAUGGGCAUUGGCCUUGUUAUAGCCAUACUGGCAAUGAUUUCUGCUGGAAUUGUGGAAUGCUACAGACUGAAGUAUGCCAACAAAGACUGCCUGCGUUGUGAAGGCUCAAGUUCCUUAAGCAUCUUUUGGCAAGUUCCCCAAUACGCAUUUAUAGGAGCAUCUGAAGUUUUUAUGUAUGUUGGUCAGCUGGAGUUCUUCAAUGCACAGACGCCGGAUGGAUUGAAAAGCUUUGGCAGUGCCCUUUGCAUGACAUCAAUCUCACUAGGGAACUAUGUUAGUAGCUUGCUUGUGACCAUGCUUAUGAAGAUCUCAACUGAAGAUCACAUGCCAGGAUGGAUACCAGGCAAUCUCAACAGGGGUCAUCUAGAUAGGUUUUACUUCCUCUUAGCAGGCCUAACCACAGUUGACUUGGUUGUCUACAUAGCAUGUGCCCGGUGGUACAAGAAUAUCAAGCUGGCAGGAAAAACUUCAGAAAAUAUUAAUGAGCAAGAUAGCUUUAAACUGUGACGUGUAUCCAUGCUAAAACGUAUAAAUAACAGUAUAUAUUAAAGCAAUAAUGUGGAAUCGGGUACAGGGGUAGUCCCCAGCACUUUGUUGAGAGUUUAUGUCCAAAGAAAAUUGGGUUUUCUGAGAGAGAACAUUUUUCCUCUCAACCCUGUUAAAUUCCUAUUACUUAGUUUUUCUGUAAUAGAUGUUGUGAAGAGAGCACAUAGAGGUAGGAAAUAACAUGUGCUCCCAGGCUGUUCUAAUAGGGUAGUUGUAUCUCUUUGUAAAUUGCAGUAUGAUCUCUGCAGAAGAGAAUUACUCUCUUGGACAUUAAUGAAAG